GGCUCUUUAGUUGCAGGUGAACAAAAGCGACCGGGAUUGCAUUCCUACCACUGCAGGCGCUGCACCCAGAGGCCUCGUCGCAGUCACGAGACUGGGCUUGCAGGGAAAGGACUUUUUCCUUGCGGAGCUCCAGAGGCAGAGAACCACCCGGCCCGGGUGUCCCCCACUCCUGAGCUGCUGCUUCUACUGCUGCCGCCUCUGCCCCUGCAUCCAGUGUACGCGCGCGGCCGCUGCCGACCUCUCUACACGCGUGCUCCAAGGUUCUUACAGAAGGGAAAGACAAUGGCUCCUCUCAUCUUCUUUUUCAUGGGUGUUUUUUACCUUUUACCUUCAUGCUCUGGAAAAGCUUUGUGUGAAGAUGUUGGCCACAUGAAGACAUUUAGAAAAAUAAAAGAAGAAAUAGCAGGUUACCAAGAUGUUGCUAAGGCCAUUAUAGAUCUUGCUGUGUGUGGCAAGGCCCAGAACAGAUCCUAUGAGAGACUGGCACUUUUGGUUGACACCGUUGGACCUAGACUCAGUGGCUCCAAAAACCUAGAAAAGGCUAUUCAAAUUAUGUACCAGAAUCUGAUAAAUGAUGGAUUGGAAAAUGUCCAUCUGGAACCUGUCAAAGUGCCCCGCUGGGAAAGAGGGCAGGAAUCUGCUAUGAUGCUAGAGCCCAGAAACCAUUCAAUGGCCAUUUUAGGCCUUGGGAGCAGUAUUGGGACCCCUCCGGAAGGAAUUACAGCUGAAGUUCUGGUGGUGUCCUCUUUUGAUGAACUGCAUAGAAGGGCCUCUGAAGCAAGAGGGAAGAUUGUUGUUUAUAACCAGCCAUACAAAGGUUAUGGAGAAACUGCACAGUAUAGAGUUCAAGGGGCAGUAGAAGCUGCAAAAGUGGGUGCAGUGGCCUCCCUUAUCAGAUCUGUUGCUUCUUUCUCUAUCUAUAGUCCUCACACAGGAAUUCAGUUCUACCAGGAUGGUGUGCCUCAGAUCCCAACAGCCUGCAUUACUGUGGAGGAUGCAGAGAUGAUGGCAAGGAUGGCUUCUCGGGGGACCAAAAUUGUCAUCCAACUAAAGAUGGAAGCAAAGAACUACCCAGAUACAGAUUCCUUUAAUACUGUGGCUGAGAUCACUGGAAGCAAAUAUCCAGAACAGGUUGUCUUAGUCAGUGGACACCUGGACAGCUGGGAUGUUGGACAGGGUGCCCUUGAUGAUGGCAGUGGAGCAUUUGUAUCAUGGGAAGCCCUCUCUCUUAUUAAAGAUCUAGGGCUGCGGCCAAAAAGGACCCUGCGCUUGGUGAUGUGGACUGCAGAGGAGCAAGGUGGUGUGGGUUCCCUCCAGUAUUACCAGCUGCACAAGGUCAACAUCUCUAACUUCAGCCUGGUAAUGGAGUCUGACUUGGGCAAUUUCAUGCCCACAGGUCUGGCAUUCACUGGAAGUGAUAAAGCCCGGGCUAUUAUAAAGGAGGUUAUGAACCUGCUACAACCCAUAAAUAUCACCCAAGUCUUUGAGGAUGGAGAUGGAACUGACAUUAACUACUGGAUCAAAGCUGGAGUACCUGGUGCCAGUCUCUUGGAUGACCUAAAGCAGUAUUUCUCUUUCCAUCAUUCCCACGGAGAUACCAUGACAGCACUGGAUCCCAUGCAAAUGAAUUACUCGGCUGCUGUUUGGGCUGUUGUCUCCUACGUCAUUGCUGACCUAGAUGAGAUGUUGCCCAGACAAUAAAAAAUAAAAAUUAAAAAACAAGGAAGAAACCAUAUUCUUUCCAGAAUCCAGUAUUAUAGAGCCCCAUAGGCUGAUUUUGGUUUUGUUUCUUGACUUCAAAAAAUACUUUUACCUUCUUGUGGAAUGUUUCUCAACUCUGUCUUAAUUCUCUUAUUUUAAUAGCAAGACUAAAAUCUUUUAUUGCCAGUAUUUUAUUGUUGUCCAAGUGUAACAUUUUCUUAAGAAAAAUGGUUUCCUUGAUGAGAGUAAAUACUUGAAUAAAUCUGUUCCAUUUGCAA